AUGUUUGAUUGGAUUUUGUCGCCUUUCUUCGGAAAGCAAAACGAAGAGAAACCAGAUGCUUCUAUAUUUAAAAAGGCACUAGAACUCGCAGAAAAGGCUCUAGUAGUAGGUAAUGACCAAGAUCGUGCAAACGCUUUUUCAACUCUAAUAAAGUUUUCUCAUUCAUCACCAGAUUUAUCAUUUAUCGGUUUUUCUCUUACUCCUUUAAUAGCAUCUCCAAAUAUUAGAACUAGAAUCAUCGGAUUUAGAGCUAUGUCGAUAUUUUUAUCAUCAACUUCACCUGCUGUUGAAAUGCUUCCAUCAGUACUUAGAAAAUCAUUUCAAUAUGACGAACUUCUUAUUCCUGCACUUAGAGCUUUAACAUUUAUUAUAAAUCCAUUUGUUUUUCACUGUUUGAAGAAAGAUAUAAUUGAAAUAGCAACAGAAUCAAAUGAUGUACCAAGAUUACUUGCUUUACAUUGCGUUUAUUUAUCAUACAAACAAAAGCCAAAAUAUAUCAAACAUUUACUACCUCUUCUCAAAAGAGCAAUAGUCCAUCCUGCUCUCAGAUAUACGGCAUCUUCAAUACUAUGCGAAAUUUCAUACAAAGACUGUUCCCAGUUGAAACAAUUUAUUUCGAUCUUAUUAACCGAAAUUCCUUUGGCAACUCCACAUAUGUUCACCAAAUUUUCAAGAUUCUUACAGAAUUUCAUUAAUUUUGACCCUUCAACUGCUUCAUUAAUUGAAAAACCAAUUUUCCAGUAUUUGAAUCGAAAUGACGAUAUAAUUUCGACAUGUGAGGCUCCAUUUAUUAUUACAAAACUCCAAAACAAUGCACAAAUGAUCCAAUUAAUAGGAAAAAGACUUCAAACGAUAAUAUUAAACGAAACAGACUACAAUUAUCGAGCUCAAGUGUUAUGGUCAUUAUCACUGAUCUAUCCUGAGUUUACUAUUGAUACUGUUUUGUUAUCUGGAGUUGCAAAUUCAGAAGAUAAUUAUACUCGAAGCUGUGCACAACGAUUACGUACUGUUAUGACCACAGAUAAAGUCGCUGCUAUCAAUGAAAUCCUCAAAAUCAUUGAAAAAACCUGUGAUGCGUCACUUUUUGAAUUUGCUUUGAAUUACGUUCAGCCAAUUGGCCAAACUUACGUUCGUGUCUUAUUAGCGCUUGGACAGUUGAAUUCCUAUUAUAUUCAGAAGAAAGUGGCCAAUUUAAUCCUUUCUAUUUCGGAUCAAGAAACACAGCAACUUUUAUUGGACGAAUUAACAGAAACGAUCGCAGAAACGCCUGAGGAUCUCGUAGGAAACGCAAUGGCCCAAGCAAUUGCUAAUUGGUCGGGAAGAGAUUCUGAUAUCUCAAUUUUAAUUCCUCAUUCGAUAGGAAGUAGGGCUGUUGAAGACCAAAUACAUUUGGUAAAUUGCGCAAUGCAAUUAUGGACAAGAUUGCAGUUCAAAAUAUCUAAAAUUGUUUUGUUUAGAUUACAAUUUCUCACACAAUCGUUUGACCAUGAAGUCAGACAACUUGCAGGUCAACUUAUCGAUCUGGAUGCAAUUAUUGAAUAG